UUCUCUAGAGCUUCCCUGCGAAGCUGGAGUGAAGGUUGAAGCAGCCGCAGGAUAGAUACACGACGUUGCAAUGCUAGCUCCUUCUGCUCCCACGCAAAAGACGGAGGAGAGGCAUUCGUCCUCCUCUUGAGACCGACAGUGCAAAAGGAUUCAUUCUGGGGCGGCUGGGACAGGAACUUUCGGAAAGGGUGGGAGGGAAACAAUCUGCGCCUCCCCUUUACUUCCAGCGGUGGCCAGAGGUGGAAGGGGCUCUGAGCCUCGAUCCUUCUCAGUGCAGUUGCUCCAGCAACGAGGGACAUGAAGUGGUGAUUGAGUCGUUUGACCGCGGGGAUGCCUCCCGAGAGCCGCCGCCUUUCAUACUGACUGAGGAGGAGCCUGGCAGUGAAAAGAGAGGGACGGAUCUAAAUAGACCCGUCGGAGCGGGAGAGGGAAGAAGGAAGAGGAGGGAUUCAACCCCAGCAGCCGCCACUCUCUGAAAGCAGAUUACAAUUAGCCCUUUAAAAAUGGCUGCUUUCAAACUGUCAGCUGGGACAGGAGAGGGCUUUUAACUCUUCGUCCGCUCCCCCCCCCAUUUUGGGGGACGAGGCGGGGAAAGAGGAGUUUGGGCCCAUUUGGUGUGUGGGAUGCUGGAAAGGUUCUGAGGAAAUCCUGAGGCGCUUCUCUCAGUGCCCGCCUGUCUGGAAGAGGAAGCAUCCCUUCCACUGCCAUCCUUGCCUGGCUCUUGCAGCUGAAAGAGGCCGAGUUACAAAGAGAUAUAUUGGAGGGGGGGCGAAGGAGGGGCUAUAUUAUCCUAGGUGGGUUGGGCUGGGGCAUGUUGUGAGGGGAAGCUGCAAGGUCAGGAGAGUCCUCUGUUCAUGGAAGACGGGAGCAAUGAGCCCUGAGGACGAAGAGGAAGAAGAGGCGGGAAGGCUGCUUCUGCUACUGGCGUUUUACUUAAGGGAUAAACAGGCGUUGUGAGAAGCGCGUGAAGGGCGGCUGGAAGCAGGAUUGGGAGGCGGGGGGAUUGCCUAUUUUAUAUUCCAACUGAAUUAUCUAAUUUUCUUCAAGACACAUUUUUUUUAGCCGGCGUGUUUCUUGGAGGACCUACUCUGCUUUCUUUCUCAUCCGUAUUAAACUCGGGCUCUUUCUGACCUGGGUGAUGUGCACGGAGUGGUGGGGAUUGUUUUCAUCCUUGUUAGAGCUGCACAAGGAACGGGGUUAAUCUCUUCCCCCACCCCCAAUCCAGGCUCUUCUGAGAGUCAGUUGUGGAUAUUUUCUGUGGCAAAGAUGCUGGAUCCUUUCAGGAAAGUCUUGCGCAGGAUGGGAGGCCCUCCUGUGAUCUCUGGAGCCUGGAGACCUUUUUCUUGCUACUCCUGCUGCUUCUCUACCGUUCUAGAUAUGAACAACUGGCUGCUUUUCUAUGGAUUACUGUAUCUGGUGCUGUAUGCCCAAGUCUUCCAGUCUAAACCCUGUGAAAGAACCUCCUGUUUCUCGGGCCGCUGUGUGAAUUCCACCUGCCUCUGUGACCAAGGCUGGGUUGGAGACCAGUGUCAGCACUGCCAAGGCAGGUUCAAGUUAACUGAACCUUCUGGAUAUUUAACCGAUGGACCAAUAAAUUAUAAAUAUAAAACUAAAUGUACAUGGUUAAUUGAAGGAUAUCCUAAUUCAAUUUUAAGAUUAAGAUUUAAUCAUUUUGCCACAGAAUGUAGUUGGGACCAUAUGUAUGUUUACGAUGGAGAUUCAAUAUAUGCACCUUUAAUAGCAGUAUUUAGUGGUCUUAUAGUUCCUGAAGUACGUGGAAAUGAAACUGUGCCUGAAGUAAUUACUACAUCUGGCUAUGCAUUGCUACACUUUUUUAGUGAUGCUGCAUAUAAUCUAACAGGAUUUAAUAUUUUUUACUCAAUUAAUUCAUGUCCCAAUAAUUGCUCAGGGCAUGGAAAGUGUACAACUAGUAGUUCCAUUCCAAACCAGGUGUAUUGCGAGUGUGACAAAUAUUGGAAGGGAGAAGCCUGUGACAUCCCUUAUUGUAAAGCUAACUGUGGAAGUCCAGAUCAUGGCUACUGUGAUUUGACUGGAGAGAAACUCUGUGUGUGCAAUGACAGCUGGCAAGGUCCUGAUUGUUCUUUAAAUGUUCCUUCCAUGGAGUCUUAUUGGAUUCUACCUAACGUGAAGCCAUUUAGUCCAUCUGUAAGUCGGGCUUCCCAUAAAGCAGUUCUACAUGGAAAGUUUAUGUGGGUGAUUGGUGGAUAUGCAUUUAACUACAGUACAUUCCAAAUGGUUUUAAACUAUAAUUUGGAAAGCAGCAUCUGGAACGUAGUACCUUUAUUGAAAGGACCUCUUCAGAGAUAUGGACACACCAUUGCUUUAUAUCAGGAUGACAUUUACAUGUACGGAGGCAAAAUUGAAACAAAUACCGGGAAUGUCACUGAUGAAUUAUGGAUUUUCAACAUACCCAGUCAGACGUGGAGUACCAGAAUUCCAGCAGUACUUGUUCAUGGCCAGCAAUAUGCGGUUGAGGGUCAUUCUGCACACAUAGUGGAGCUGGAUAGCAGGGAUGUUGUCAUGGUCGUGAUUUUUGGUUACUCUGUAAUAUAUGGUUACACAAGCAGCAUACAAGAGUACUACAUCAGGUCGAAUUCUUGGCUUGUCCCAGAAACAAAAGGAGCCAUUGUACAAGGUGGAUAUGGCCAUACCAGUGUCUAUGAUGAUACAACAAAGUCUGUUUAUGUUCACGGUGGAUACAAAGCUUUGCCUGGUAAUAAAUAUGGAUUGGUUGAUGAUCUUUACAGAUACGAAGUAAACAGUAGGACAUGGACAAUUCUGAAAGAGAGUGGUUUUGCAAGAUAUCUGCAUUCAGCUGUCUUGAUCAGUGGAGCUAUGCUAAUUUUUGGUGGAAACACUCAUAAUGAUACUUCAUUAAGUAAUGGUGCAAAGUGCUUUUCUUCUGAUUUCCUGGCCUAUGACAUAGCUUGUGAUGAAUGGAAAGUUCUUCCAAAACCUAAACUUCAUCGUGAUGUGAACAGAUUUGGUCACUCAGCUGUUGUCAGCAAUGGGUCCAUGUAUAUAUUUGGAGGUUUUUCAAGUGUUCUGUUAAAUGACAUCCUUGUGUACAAACCUCCCAACUGUGAAGCAUUCAGAGAUGAAGAGCUUUGUAAAACUGCUGGGCCAGGGUUAAGGUGCUUAUGGAACAAAAAUCGCUGUGUGUCAUGGGAAUCUGGACAUGCUAAUAUUCUUAGGGCAAAGUGUUCCAGAAAAACAGCUGCAGCAGAUGACAGAUGUUACAGAUAUGCAGACUGUGCCAGCUGUACUGCCAAUACAAAUGGCUGUCAAUGGUGCGAUGACAAGAAAUGCAUUUCAGCAAACAGUAACUGCAGUGUGUCAGUGAAAAACUACACCAAAUGCCAUGUAAGAAACGAACAGAUCUGUAAUAAGCUGACAAGCUGCAAAAGUUGUUCACUAAACCUCAACUGCCAAUGGGACCAGCGACAGCAAGAAUGCCAAGCCUUGCCAGCUCAUCUGUGUGGAGAAGGAUGGAAUCAUGUUGGAGAUGCCUGCCUUCGUAUAAACUCUAGCCGUGAAAACUAUGAUAAUGCCAGACUUUACUGCUAUGGCUUACAUGGGAUCCUUGCUUCGUUAACAACCUCAAAAGAAGUAGAGUUUGUUUUGGAUGAAAUUCAGAAGUAUACCCUCCAGAAAAUUUCACCCUGGGUGGGGCUACGCAAGAUCAACAUCUCCUACUGGGGAUGGGAUGAUAUGUCUCCAUUUACGAACACUACAUUGCAGUGGCUACCUGGAGAACCAAAUGAUUCUGGAUUCUGUGCCUAUCUCGAAAGGGCAGAGGUUGCAGGUCUGAAAGCAAAUCCAUGUACAGCUAUGGCUGAUGGCCUUGUAUGUGAGAAACCUGUUGUUAGUCCAAAUCAAAAUGCUAGGCCCUGCAAAAAACCAUGUUCCUUAAGAAUGACAUGUUCCAACUGCACAAGCAGUGGCAUGGAAUGCAUGUGGUGUAGCAGCACAAAACGAUGUGUUGAUUCAAAUGCCUACAUAAUCUCCUUUCCAUAUGGACAGUGCCUAGAGUGGCAGACUACCACCUGUUCUCCUCAAAACUGCUCUGGAUUGAGGACUUGCGGACAGUGCCUGGAACAUCCAGGAUGUGGAUGGUGCAAUGAUCCUAGCAACACAGGGAAAGGCCAUUGUGUGGAAGGGUCUUCAAGGGGGCCAAUGAAGUUGAGUGGGCUACAUUCUACUGAGCUGGUUCUUGACAACAAUCUUUGUCCCAAAGAGAAAAAUUACGAUUGGUUUUUUAUCCAGUGCCCAGCUUGCCAGUGCAAUGGACAUAGCACUUGUGUUAAUGGAAAUGUUUGUGAUCAGUGCAAAAACCUAACUACAGGAAAACAAUGUGAAACGUGUAUGCCAGGGUAUUAUGGAGAUCCAACAAAUGGAGGGCAGUGCACAGCUUGCACAUGCAGUGGACAUGCGAAUAUUUGUCACAUGCAAACAGGAAAAUGCUUCUGCACAACUAAAGGGAUCAAAGGAGAUCAGUGUCAACUUUGUGACUCUGAAAACAGGUACCUUGGUAAUCCACUCAGGGGAACAUGUUACUAUAGCUUACUGAUUGACUACCAGUUUACCUUCAGUUUAUUACAAGAAGAUGAUCGCCAUCACACUGCCAUAAACUUCAUUGCAAAUCCUGAACAGUCAAACAAAAAUUUGGACAUAUCAAUUAAUGCAUCAAACAACUUUAACCUGAAUAUCACUUGGUCUAUUGGCUCUACAGCUGGAACAAUAUCCGGAGAAGAGAUUCCUGUAGUUUCAAAGGCUAAUAUCAAGGAGUACAGAGAUAGUUUUUCCUGUGAAAAAUUCAACUUCAGGAGCAACCCAAAUAUCACUUUCUAUGUAUAUGUCAGCAACUUUUCAUGGCCAAUCAAGAUACAGAUUGCUUUUUCACAACACAAUACCAUCAUGGACCUGGUACAGUUUUUUGUCACCUUCUUCAGUUGUUUCUUGUCGUUGUUGUUGGUGGCUGCUGUGGUCUGGAAAAUCAAACAAACCUGCUGGGCUUCUCGACGAAGAGAGCAACUUAUGCGGGAGCGACAGCAGAUGGCCAGCCGUCCCUUUGCUUCUGUGGACGUAGCACUUGAAGUAGGAGCUGAGCAAACAGACUUUCUUCGAGGGCCAUUAGAGGGUUCUCCAAAACCAAUUGCCAUUGAACCUUGCUCAGGAAACAAAGCAGCAGUACUUACUGUCUUUUUAUGCCUGCCAAGAGGAUCAUCAGGAGUCCCACCACCUGGUCAGUCAGGACUGGCGAUUGCAAGUGCACUGAUAGAUGUUUCACAACAGAAGCCCUCAGAGUGUAAAGAUAAGAGUUUGGGAGUCAGAAAUCGAAAACACCACCUUUCAACACGUCAAGGAACUUGUGUCUGAGAUGAAGAUAAUGCAUUUGUAUAUUCUGUAAUGUUUCCUUUUUUCUUUUCUUUGUUAAAGAGCUUCCAUUGUAAGCUAAACUACAGCCUCAGUUUUUAUGGAGGCAACCUCCGGAUGGUGGUAAGGAGAAUGGUAAGAAGCACCAGGCUCAGCUGGAGUAACAGUUCUUCCUGGCUGUGCCUCCAAAGCAGGGCAUCCUGAAGAGAAAAUAUGGAUGAGCUUUAGGGAAAGAUUUGGACAUCAGUAACAAUAUGAAAAAUAUUGUUAAUAUCCUUACUGUUAAUCAUAACAGGAAAGAAACAAAAAAAGUCUGGGGAAAGACUGUACAGUGUUUUAUAAUGUGGAAGGAAACAUAUAAUGGAAAAUUAAAAUAAUUCUAAAGGACUUGUAUAGCUAGAAGUGAUGGAUUAUUCAGUUUCUCAGCUUGAUUAGCAUUAAGAUAUACACAUUUAAGAAAGCAGGCAUAGGCAUUAUUUGGGAUAAAAAUAUCAUCAUUGCCCAGAUAUGAAGGAAGAAUUUGAACUUUGUGAUAGGUAAAUAUGGCAAAAAGUGUAGUUAAAUGCACCAGAUUAACAAAAAUGAACAUAACAAAAAUGAAAACACAUAUAUGUCAAUUAGAAGAUACCUAGAUUUAUAGAUAUCAAGGAUUUCUGCCUUCCAAAGGAUCCUGUCACUGUCUAAGUUUGAAACAGGAUGAAGACUGGACUACAUAAGUCAGAAAGGGGAAUACAGCAGAGAGUAUAUUAUGCUUGUCUUCCAUGCCAACCAACUAACUGAUUAUCAAAGAUGACUGAGUGUGGAAAAGCCUGUCCAGCAGCCAAGAAUCAUUUCCCCCCCCCCAACAACCUCCUCCAAAAUUGCAAAACUCUGGAGGGCAAGAACUACAAGACUCUUUUUUCCUGUGCAGAAGUAGGUCUGAUUUUUUUUUACUAAUGUAAUAGUGAAGGCCAAAGUUGAAUGUAGAUUUAAGCAUGCUGAAGUCUAUUGAGUUCAACAGACUUAAGCAUACUCAAGUUUUGUGGCAAAUUGUAGCCUCAGUGUCCAGUGUUAAAAUCAAUGCCCUAACAUCUUCUUUGCAGAAGAAUGUCACCCUGGCCACAUCAGCCCCUCUCUCACAGUUAUUAAAAGUCCUCCCUCUCCUAGCAGCAGACUCAAACUCUUUAUAUUCAUUGUAUUUAAAUAAUUUCAAAAGCCUUCAAUGGCUUGUAGGCAGGUUUGUUGCUCAAAGCUCUUAGAAUGGCUUUUCCAUAUGGGAGGUCACUAAAACAACAUAUACCAGCCAAAACCUAAAGGGAUAUCAUUGGCUAUAUUAAAGAAAAUAUGUAACAAUCAAGCAUCUUCCUUGCUUUAUUACCAUUUAACACGAUUGAUUCCCGUGCAGCCUUUCCAUUCGCAAAAGGAAAUAGGAUUUGGCAGAGGCAAUUACUCAUCAAACAAGGGAAGCAAUUUUGGUCAGUUUUCCUUUCUGCCUCCCAUGCCAUCUCCCAUACUGUUUUGGAAUCUGAGCAUGAGUGGAACUCCACUCAUGGAUCUCUCAUUCCGAUCAAGUCACAUUCGGAGUAGACCCACUGAAAAUCAAUAUAUUUAAAUUACUGAAAAUGUAUUUCAAUGGGUCUACUCUGAUUAUAACUAAUGUUGGUUGUCACUAGGGUUGCCAGGUUCAGGGCCUGAGACUGAUCCUGUAUCUUUAGGAG